UAGAGUAAAGGCCGACGGGGGCGUCACAGACUGACCGUUGGGAACGGGUGAUUGCCGAUCAGGUGUGACCGUUAGGAGCGGUUAGACUGUAUAUUCUACAUCAAUUUCUUUUUGAGAUACGUGCAACACAAGCUUUUUGCAUCCUUAAGUAAUACGUUUUCUUGUCAAGGGCCAUAAAUGUUGACUGAACGGAUAUAAAUACCAAACAAAACUUAAGGUGCACAACAAUACCUUAAUGCUGACUCUUGGUCAAAUACCUUUCCUUCUGAGAUUAAAAGACCCAGACGUAUUAGUAAAUCUAAGAUCGACAAAGAAAGCAUAUUUGUAUUUUAAGUGUACAAGUUAAUACUUAAAUAAUUAGAAAGAUGGGUGAUUUUGAAGCGCUUCGGCGUACCUACUACAUUUCAGUUAUAUCAGCAUUGAAUAAUGAUUUCAAAUGAUAAAUGAUAAAACAUGUUUUUAUGCAAUAUUUAGCCACUGAGGCAUUUUACUUAAUAUGUAAUACAAGUGUUCCUUUCCAAAAAAAAACAUCAAUAUAAAACAGAAUUGACUUCUUAAUUUUGGUCAUUUUCUUUUACAUAAAAAUUGAAAUUAACAACAAAGUGCAACGACAAUAUGUGUUUAAGGUAAACUAUAUAGUGCGGCGCAUAAAAACAGUAUAUCGGAACGUCAGUUUAAGUGUACAAAAUAAACGUACGGCAUAUCAGUUUUAAUAUUUAAAUGCAUAUGAAUUUGAUAAGAUUGGAAUAUUAGACACCUCUAGUCACUUUAACAGGAACUUUACACUUUUCUUUUUUUAAACAAAGAUUUAUUAAUUAAUAAUUAUGACCAAUUCUACACGGUAUUUCUGGGCAGCUGCUGUAUUCAUAUCAAUAAUAUUACUAUUUUUUAUUCUAUACUCGACGGUCUUACAAAAAGGGGAAGUACGAGAAGAUUUAUUUCUAGCUGCAAACAACAAUGACAGAUUAUUGCACAAUUUGAUAAAACAAAGAAAUGAACUUUCAACGAUGUUGAAUUCUGAACGGAAAAGAGUUGGUCAGUUAGAAUGCGAGUCCAAGAAAGAUGCGAAUGAGGUAACUACCAAUACGGGCGGUUGGUGUCCGAAAGCAACAAAAACAAAACACUUCACCGAUGAAGGACUUGUAAAGACGUUGAUCAUUUUCUUUAAAGAUAAACACAUAGGAAGUUUUGGAGAUGGCCCUGGUGUUUACAAACAACGUAUACUGAAUUCCGGGAAAGUUAAGAGUUUCGAUGCUUAUGACGGUGCACCAUAUUGUGAAAUAACAAGUAACGGUCAGGUUACAUUUCUUGAUCUUUCAAUUCCACAGUAUGGAAUUCCAGUCUAUGACUGGAUUUUGAGUCUUGAAGUUGCUGAACACAUUCCAAAGGAGUACGAAAGUAUUUUUAUAGACAACAUUAUUAACCAUGCUCGGGAAGGAGUAGUUCUUAGUUGGGCAACACCUGGACAAAAUGGAUAUUCCCAUGUUAACAACAGACCAUUUGAGUAUGUUCGUAAUUUGAUGAAUUCACGAGGAUUUUUUCAUGACAAUGAAUAUUCGGAAAUACUGAAACGAAGUGCAAAUGGUCCAAAUCUAAAAAGAAAUGUGAAUGUGUUCCGGCGGAAUGAAACAUCAAUAGAGUGCAAAAUGCAUUUGGCUUAAUGUCAUGUGACGUGUAGAAACUGUUAGUCUUCAAUUCAGUAGUUUCAAACUGCAUGAUCUGUAGUUUCAUUGCUUUCAGGUUUUACGAAGACGACACAUAGUGUUGGUGCGAUAUUUGUUUAGGGCAUCUGUUGUUUGAACUGUUGAACUUAUUCCUACAAGUUAUCAACCUAAUCUGUAAUAUAGAAUGUCUUAAGGAAUUGCUGCUAAUUUAGGAAUAUUCAGAUAUAAACGUUUUGUCUUUUCAAAAUUUUCUAGGAUUGUUGAAGGAUCUUUUGAAUUUUUGAAAUAUCUUUAAUAAUAUGAAUUUUGUAGUCAAUAAUGUAUUUUUACAUUGUGCAUAAAGAUGGAUGAUCAAAAAUGUCAGUACCUUUUAUUCAGUCUGUGUAUUUUCACAUCAUUUACACUGAUAGGUGGAACACAUACACUGUUUCAUGUAGUAUAGCCUAACAGAUAGUUAAUAAGUGCACUAGAAAUGUUGCCAAAGUGCAGUAAGACAUCUGGGUGACAUGCAUCUAAAUUAUCGUGCCAUUUGGAUGAAUGAAGGGGAAGAAAACAAUGUUUAAAUCAAUUACGAUUUGCACGUUAUGUUAUUGUCAAACUGCAUAGAAACUUACAGCAGCUCUGUAGAUAAGUUUGCAACCACACACUGAAAUUCAUUUUGAAUGAAGCAGUGUGCUGUAAUCUAUGACUAAGUCUUUAAAUUGUAUAAACAAUUAGGCAGAAAUAAGAAUAAAAAAUGUUAACUAUACAUAAGAAUUAUGAAAUACUUCCUGUUUUAGGUUUUGGGCAUAAGUUGUAAUGCAGUUCGCAGAAUUCCAAACGAAGAAUUAACAAUAAGUAUUGUUUAUUGAAAAAUUUAAAAUUUUAUUUGCAAAUAUAAGAUAAUACAAAAUUGAGGAAAUCAUCUAGCUGAAGACACAACAUCAAUUAUGUCAUUGAAAUAUGAUCGGCUUGGGCCAGGCGAAUACUGAUGUCAGUUUUUGAAGAGGCAUAUCUUUUAACAAUGUAACAAGCCUAAAGUGAAGUGAAGGCUGUGGAAAUAUCACAAUAAUGCAUUUCUUGUUUUGCUUCGUUGAAAGUUAUUAAGGUUAGAUACAAAGCUGACACAUUAGUAGUUAGAGAAAUACCGAUUUUGAGCUACUCUGACCCCAAAUUGAUCCCAUUUAACCUUUUACCACCGACCAACACCACCCAAUUCAACAAAUCCCGGUUUGACGAACACAAAUUCCUGGGAACAAGAUUGACUUACACAAUUAAAAACCACAGAUUUUGAAUCCAACGAAAAAAAAAACGAAGACAAAUAUCAAACAGGGAAUGCCACGUACCAAAAUCGCAGCCUCUUCAAAACGAAACCUACAGCACGCAGACGUGCACACCACAACACACACACACAUACACGCGCACACACACAAAGCCAACACACGAGGACAAAACGAACAAAUAAAGGAACACACACACAUAAACGCGCACACACACACAGCCUACACAAGAGGACAAAACGAACAAACAACCCCUGGUUUAAUAAAGUACUGAAAAAUAUAUAUUCAACUUUCAAAAUCUUUAUCAAGACUGAAAACAACUACAGAAUAAUUUCUGCCUUAGCACGUACGCAAAAUUGACCGCUUUUCCAUUAUGAAUAUUUCACUGUCUGGCAGUAGUAGUUAGAGAAAUAGCGUUUUUGGCGUUUUGACUCCAAAUUGACCCCAUUUAACCUUUUACCACUGACCAACACCGACCAAUUAAAAAAACCGGUUUGGUGAACACAAAUUCCUGGGAACAAGAUUCACUUACACAAUAAAAAAAACAGAUUUUGAAUCCAACGAAAACCUCUGAUUUAAUAAAGUACUGAAAUAUAUAUAUAUUCAACUUUCAACAUCUUUAUCAAGACUGAAAACAACUAAAGAAUAAUUUCUGCCUUAGCACGUACGCAAUAUUGACCGCUUUUCCAUUAAGAAUAUUUCACUGUCUGGCGAUUAUCGGGUUCUAGAACAUUCACGACGCGUGAGUUGGCAGUAUAUUCUCGAAUGUUAUACAACAUUACAUGUACAACUAUUUGUCAUACAGAAGUAGAUUUAAAAGGAUAAUAACAGAUAAAUAUUGGAACUUUAACUAAAAAAGGAAACUAAUUGAGGAAUAUAUGUAUAGAAUUGAAUUGGUAACUUCCACGUACAAUGUUCAUGUUUUUGAAUACAUAACAGUGUAACAAUAGACUGGAUUAUGUAACAACAAUUUCGUCACUUUAUAUCGGAACAUAAUUUGUAUUAAUAAACAAGCUACGACUUCUUUGUACAACGGAAAAAGGAGAAUCUAAACGAUAACAACGUAAGUUAUAUUUUUCGUUUUUCACUAACAUUAGAAAUGUUAUUUUGUGUUUUUUGAGAUAAAUUUUACUUGUUCCUGCUUAUGCUAAUACGAUUGUUUUUUAUUUUUAGAUUACAAGUACGUCACUUCCGUGUACAAUGUUCACGUUUAUUUUUAGAUUACAAGUAGCUGAUUUUAAACACGUCACUUCCGUGUACAAUGUUCACGUUUAUUUUUAGAUUACAAGUACGUCACUUCCGUGUACAAUGUUCACGUUUAUUUUUAGAUUACAAGUAGUUGAUUUUAAGCACGUCACUUCCGUGUCCAAUGUUCACGUUUAUUUUUAGAUUACAAGUACGUCACACCCGUGUACAAUGUUCACGUUUAUUUUUAGAUUACAAGUACGUCACUUCCGUGUACAAUGUUCACGUUUAUUUUUAGAUUACAAGUAGCUGAUUUUAAGCACGUCACUUCCGUGUACAAUGUUCACGUUUAUUUUUAGAUUACAAGUACGUCACUUCCGUGUACAAUAUUCACGUUUAUUUUUAGUUUACUUGUUUUAUUGAAACGAAAUAGGAAGUGAUUGUUUGUUCAUUUUGUUUUAUAUUGUUAACUUUUAGUAUUUUAUACAAUAGAUCAUAAAUGUUUAUACCAUCUUGUAACAUUUUCAUGAAAAAUAAACAAUAAUAACCACAGAGUGUACUUGUUUUAUCUUGAUACUGUAUGUUAUUAUACUUAACUUUAGGUAUAUAUUUGAUUACUUCUUUUGGUGGAGGAAGUUCGAAUGGGUCAAAGUAUAUUUUCCCGACAUAACACACCCAAUGGGAUCCAGGUCCGAUAGAG